AUGGAGAGUGUUUCAGGAUCAAACCAGGAAUACAAAAAUAUAGAUGCGUGUGAUCUCACACUGGAUCCAAACACAGCACACACUCAACUGAUUCUGUCUGAGGAGAACAGAAAGGUAACACAUGUGAGGGAGCAUCAGUCAUAUCCUGAUCAUCCAGACAGAUUUGAGAACCAUGAGCAGGUUCUGUGUAGAGAAAGACUGGAUGGAAUCUGUUACUGGGAGGUUGAAUGGGAAGUUUGGGCUCGUAUUGCAGUGGCCUAUAAAGGAAUCAGCAGGAAAGAAGGGACUAUGUGUAACUUUGGAGACAGUGAAAAAUCCUGGUGCCUUUUCUGCACUGGUGAUGUUUUUGUUGUCUGGCACAACAAUAUAAGCAAAAACAUACCAACUCAUUUACCACAAACUAAUAGAAUAGGUGUCUUUCUGGACUGGCCGGCCGGCACUCUGUCCUUCUACAGCGUCUCUGACACACACACACUCACACAUUUACACACAUUCAACACCACAUUCACUGAACCUCUCUAUGCAGGGUUUAAGGUUUUUGAGUCCUCACUAACUCUGUGUCAGAUUAAACAACAGACACACAAUUGAAGUACACUGACUUCAUGUUUGUCUCACAAACACACUUAACUGUCAGUGCUGUCAUCGUACAUCACUUUGGCCUAAUUACGGUACAUUUGAAAGUUUCAUAAAAUCUGUGAAAAUCACG